AUGAGGACAGCCAGGCGUGCCAGCAAUGUGGAGGUGCCGUCCUUCCUCCGUCAUCUGGUCAAAGAGACAGAGAGGGUGGUCACCUUCUUCUUUAAAGGAGGAACCAGGGAAACGGAUAUUGAGGAGGAGGAGGACAGCUUCGAUGAGGACAACUCUUUCCCCAGCCCGUACCUGGAUCGCCCCAUCUUGGAGAAGCAUGUGUCGGAGGGGGGAUCUAAGUCAGGUUUGAACUACGCUUUGGCCAGCAUGCAGGGCUGGAGGGCUCAGAUGGAGGAUGCCCACACCUGCAUGCCGCAGCUGAAAGGAGAGCUGUCAGAGUGGGGGUACUUUGCAGUUUUUGAUGGACAUGCAGGCACCACAGUGGCACAGUACUGCUCCAAAAACCUGCUGGAUCACAUCCUGGCUACAGGUACGAGAGAAAACAUCAACAACUAAUGAGACCAAUUUCAUUCGUUGAGAAAAUUAAGUUCCUAGUACUGAAAACAUGUUUUAGGAUGUUUAGCUUAAACACGUGUACUGGAAGUAUUUUAAGACAACAGAAUCAGCAAAAUCCAUCUGGUGUAACAUGAUCUAUAGUGAAAGUGAAAUCGUUUUACAAAGUUAUUUGGCAAAAAAUAACAUAUGUUUUUUCUUAUGGAAAGUAGAGGGUUUUUUUUGGAUGUUUCAAGUGAAUGUGGCUGAUCUCAAACCUGAUAAGAUAGUUCUGACAGUUUGAGUACGAUACUAUCUGCAUUUUCUUUUAUUGUACAGCCAAAGUGUUAUCAAAAUAGCUGAUCUAUUUGAGAUGGAUUUCUGUUAGACUCCAUUUUACAUUCAGCCUGGGUCAAUGUAUUUUAUCCACUGCAUCAGAGCAUGGGAAAACAAACAAACAAACAAACAAACAAACAAAUGUUUUCCCCUUAUUUCCAACAGGUGUGGUCAAAGCCAGUACAGACCCGGAGCAGGUAAAGGAAGGGAUCCGUGAGGGCUUUCUGGACAUUGACCGCCAUAUGCACAAACUGGCUCGCCAAGACAACUGGGACCGCAGUGGCUCAACUGCAGCAGCUGUCAUGAUAUCUCCAAAUUACAUUUACUGUAUCAACUGUGGAGACUCCCGUACCCUGCUCUGCCAUAAUGGUCAGGUGGUCUUCUACACGGAGGACCAUAAGCCGUUCAACCCCAGAGAAAAGGAGCGUAUCCAGAAUGCUGGGGGCUCUGUGACCCUGCAGAGAGUCAACGGCUCACUUGCUGUUUCCAGGGCACUGGGGGACUUUGACUUCAAGGAGGUGGACUGGAGGCCUCAGACAGAGCAGCUGGUGUCACCAGAGCCGGAGGUGUACGAGCUACAGAGGACGCCUGAAGAUGAAUUCCUGAUUUUAGCAUGUGAUGGUGUGUGGGACGCCAUCGGGAAUGAGGAACUGUGUGCUUUCGUGCGCAGUCGUCUGCAGGUGUGUGAUGACCUGAGAGAGAUCUGCACUCAGGUCAUCGACCUCUGUCUCUAUAAGGUGAGGAGUCCAAAAUAGAAUAGAAACAAAGAAGAAUCAUUGGAAUAACUCACUGGCUGAUAAUUAUCACUCAGCAAUUGUCUACACUUAUGGUGCAGGGUUAGUUCAGGUCAGACAGGGUCGAGCAGAUGGAUUUAUGAAUGGGAAGCUUUACGUUAAGCACAGUCUGUGGUGGGCCUUUGUACAGUGAGGGCAGGGUCUCUGCUCCAAGGAAUGACACUGAUGUUAUUACGUAAGUAGAUUUCUCCUGCAGGUCAUCUUAAUGCUUGUUAGUAACUGCCUGUUUGGAUGGUGACGAGCUUGCCCUAUAAAUAGCUGCAGGGAUAUAGGAUAGCAGGGGAGAAAUGCUACACAAGGCUCGGAUUAACACUGAAAGGGAGUCCGUUGACGGCAGCCCACUGUUACCACUCCAUACAGACCAGCUCAGCCGCUUUAUCCCGGCCGAGGUGUGCUGCUAUUUAUUUCACCUAAAAAGGCUUACAGUGAAAAGACUGCCUGUACCAGUACGCACUUAGCCUCUCUGAUGUCAUGACCAACAGGCUGCUGGAAAACUUAGUGACUUUAAAAUACAGCCGGGGUUUUUUUUUAACUAAUGGAGUUUAUGAACAAGUAAUAAUAUUAAACCUAAUAGUGCAGACUGGGGACAAAGCUGUAGCAUUAUGGAUAGAGAACAUUGGAUAGGCUUAAAUGUACAGACCUCAGCCUUUCCUUAGUUUCCCUGUCAACACACUUUUGAGAAGGAUGGAAUAUUAGGAUCAUGUACUGGAGUAAAAAUACUUAUACAUCAAUGUGUUUUAGCUUCUUCGCAAGUAUUGCAUUAAAAAGAUAUUUAAAAUAUUUUGACUCUAGUUUUCAGGGACAAACAAUCACAUUUAGGCAUGCUAAGGUUUUAUUUUUAUCACUGACUUAAAAUUUAAACUGCUAUAUGCCACAAAUGCUUCAGGUGAAUUAAAAAAAAGUGACAUUUUAUGCAUGGUGGAAUAAACUACAUACAAGGGGGUUAGUUUGCAAAAAAAUCAAACUACAAAAUAAAUACUAGGAUGUGAAAUUUACCCUCUAUGGGAACAGCUAUGAAGUGCUUUUAAAUGAAAAUACUCCACUGCAGCUUUUGCACCUCUCUCACCAUUCUGCACGCUGUCUCCCCCUGCAGGGCAGCUUGGAUAACAUCAGCAUCAUCAUUGUCUGCUUCCCAGGCGCCCCCCAGGUGUCACAGGAGGCACUGCAGCAGGAGGCAAAACUGGAGCAACUGAUUGACGUAAAAGUGGAAGGUGAUUGAAGACUUUCCUCUCUAUCUGACGCACAGUUUAAUACGUUUUAGCCCCCUGAUCUAUAACUGUGUCCUCCUUUACAGAAAUUGUACAGAUGAUGAGGUCCAGAGAUGAGGAUCCUGAUCUUCUGUAUGUCAUUAAAUUCUUGGCUGCUGAGGAGCUGCCUGGGCUGCCACCAGGGGGAGGCAUCACCAGCAAGUCAGUCAGAGUGGUUUCCCCUCUCCUAAGGGACACUUAUGAAUAUUUCAGGGACUUUGAAUAAUCCUCUAAAUCCCCCCAAAAUAAUCCUUUCAACAUAACACCACUGUUCCUCUCUUUUCAGGCGGGACUGUAUCAUCUCCGCUUAUCAGAAACACAUCAUGGCCCUCAAAUCUCAGGAGCCCAUGGUAAGACACAUGAAAUCACUCACAGAUUAUCGUAGAAAUCAAACUAGUAAACUGAUCCUCAGAGUGGCAUAAAAGUAAAAAAACGACAUCUUUAAUGUUCGUACUCAUUUUAGUUUUGUUGUUGUGGCAUUUCAGGACAUCGAAGGAUCAUCAGAGGAGUCAAAUUAAUGCCAUCACUAUAGCAACAGAAGAAUCAUCAUCAUCAUCUUCUUGGAGAGCAGCUUUAACAAGACGCCUGGUAUUUUAG